UCCUUCUUCUCUCUGCUAUAAGCAACCUGAAGUAGCAUCAUUGGAUGGAUCUUGUAACACGUAGCAUUACGUUAGUAAUAUAGUAGAGGUACAGGGGUAAGAUAAAGUGUCUUGUCAACAUUUGGCAGUAUUUGAUGAGGUAGAAAAUUGAAGUUUAUAUAUAUUCCGUAUAAAAUUGAUAUAACGCUGAAUAUAUUUUAUAAUUCAUAUGCCAUUUCAUCAUGGUUGAUGUUAAUACAAGAGUAUUCUUUGACAUCGAAGUUGGUGGACUACCUAUGGGUAGAAUAGUCUUAGAGCUUUUUUCCGAUAUCUGUCCUAUAACAUGUGAAAAUUUCCGUGCUUUAUGCACUGGAGAAAAGGGACUUGGAAAAACAACAGGCAAACCAUUAUAUUAUCAGGGCAUUGUUUUCCAUAGAGUCGUAAAAGAUUUUAUGAUUCAAGGUGGAGAUUUUUCAGUAGGCAAUGGAACAGGUGGUGAAUCGAUUUAUGGUGGAACAUUUGCAGAUGAAAGUUUUAUUAUGAAACAUGAUAAACCAUUUUUAUUGUCAAUGGCAAAUCGUGGUAGAGAUACUAAUGGCUCACAAUUUUUUAUUACAACGCAACCAGCGCCUCACCUCGACAAUGUCCAUGUGGUUUUUGGAGAAGUAGUAUCUGGGCAAGAAAUCGUUACACACAUCGAAGGACUUCCGGUGGAUCGUAUGUCACGUCCAUUACAGGAUGCUAAGGUUGUAAACUGUGGAGAAUUGAUUUUAAAGAUAAAAAAUAAAGUAAAGAAACGUGAAACAAAGCAGAGUAGUUCAUCAGAUUCAGAGCCUGAUUCUUAUGUUGAUAAGAUAAAGAAAAAAAAGAAGAACAAAAAAAGCAAAAAGAAAGCAAAGCCAGAAGAUGGUGAAAUUCGAGACUCGAAUGAGGAAGAUAAUGGGCAACCUCAUCCAUUAGUAUCGGUUACCAAAAUUGAUCCUGAUGAAAUUCCAGAAGUACCAGCAAAUAAAUUUUUAUAUAGAGCAGGAUCUACUAAUAAUGCAAAUCAGAAGGAAUUUAGACAGCAUUAUGGAAGAGAUCGUAUACGAUCUCAUAGAAAGACUGGUCGUAUUUUUAAGGGAAGAGGAAUAUUCCGAUACCAUACACCUUCUCGAAGUCGAUCCAGAAGUGUAACACCACCUCAUUGGAAACAAGCUCAGAAUCGUACUAUUAAACUGCAUGAAUUUCAAAAAAUAGAAAAGGAGCGCAUGAAAAAAGAAGAAGAGUUGAAGCAACGUGAAGCUGAUAGAAUUAAAAGAUUUGGAGAAAAUCCCAAUGAGGAUAAUCAAAUAUCGGAUAAUCUGGAUAAUAAUAUAUGCACGAUUGAGUUAAUGGAGAAUAAAGAAAAUGAUCAAAUGGACAAGACAUCAGCCAUGAAUAAAAUAAUGCAACAGGAAGGCGAUACUACAAAGAAAAGUACAGAAGGAAAUAACGCUAUUGGGCAAAAUAAAGAAGAUAUUAAACAUAAUAAGAACGAGAAAUCUGUAAGACGUGACAUCAAUCGGUCUUACAGUGACAGGAGUUCUCGACGUGACUCACGAGACAGAAAUAGAAGACGUAGACGUUCUCGAUCAAAAGAUCGCAGAAGAUCCAGAGAAAGAGACUAUGAUCGUAGAGGAAGUCGUGAUAGAAGAAUUCGGAGAAAUUAUUCUCCUCGUAGGCGAGAUUCUCACAAAGUCAAUAAAACCGGAAGAGAUUACAAGCACUACGAUAAACGCAACGAUUAUAGACGUUCAAGUAACUCGAAUUCCUAUCAAGACAACGAUUUCGGUUCGCGUUAUGACAAGAGUAAAUACAAAAGAAAUGAUAAUAACAUACCGGAUACAACGAGUCAACUGAAAUUUAAGCGUCGUUCGCGAUCAUGCAGCUCCAAUAGCCAACACUCCAAAGAUUAAUUUCUAUGUAAUUUCAUAUUCUCUUUUUCCACUUUCUAUUGAGCACGAGAAAUUCUUUAUGCUACUGAUAAAAUCACUUGCAUUACUAGUUUGUAGAUCGAUAAUGCUAUGGGAUGGUACAGCUCGAUUCUCUUUGGAUUACUUCACUAUCCAUAUCUAGUGUACGUUUUUCAUCACUAAAAUGUACAAUAAAUGUACGAUAAGAUUUACCUAUAUAUUCAUAUACUCUAUAGAAAAGUAUAUUUCUGAUCUUCUCUACCUCUUUCUCAUAUUAAAGCUACUUGUAUUGAAUUGUAUUGUGCUCAAAAUCAAAAUUUCUAAAAUAUUUAUAUAUAAAGACAUCUUUCUUCAGAAAUCUGAAGAAAAUUCUGAUAUCAAUUCUCUUUAAUCGAGUUUGAAUUUUUGUUAAACUUCUGAAUUAUAUAAAAAUCCGUAAAAAUUCAGUUAUUAGAAAAUAUUACACUUUAUGUAAGAUUUUAUAUGCAAAUCUCUUGUAUUAAUGUAUCAUGUAAAAUUGUAAUAAACGGAUUACUUAUACUCAUA